ACUUAUGGAGUUCUCUGGUUAUCAUCAAAAAGAAAAAGCCGUUAAUAUUUCCUGUCUAUCAUCACCUCAAAUUCUCUCUUUCUCUCUCCUCUACUUCACUUCUUUCCAACCUCACCAAAAACCAAAAACCACCACAACAACAACACUGAAAUUUUCUCAAUUCUAGGGCAAAAUCAUGAACAAUUUCAUCCCUCAAGCGACAACUACAUCAUCGGCGACGUCGCGAACUUCGCCGGGAACUUCCGCCGGAGGAUCACCGGCGAGCGCUUUAUCUUUCAUAUCGAAAGGUUGGAGAGAAGUGAGAGAUUCUGCCGACGCUGAUCUCCGAUUGAUGAGAGAUAGAGCGAAUUCAUUCAAGAAUUUAGCGUCUUCAUUUGAUAGAGAGUUGGAGAAUUUCAUCAAUUCAGCUUCUUCGUUUUCUGUACCUCCGAGAAAUUCAUCGUCGUCGGCGAAUUCUCCGGCGGAAAUCGACUUUGUUAAGCGGUUGCAGCCGAAGUUGUCGGAGUUUCGGAGGGCGUAUUCGUCGCCGGAUUUCAGUCGGAAGGUUCUGGAGAAGUGGAGUCGUCCAACGAGGCCGAGUAUUCGUAUUGAUUUAUCGGCGAUUAGGAAUGCGAUUGUGGAUGAGGUUGAUGUUGAGAGAGGGGAAAGAGUGAGGGUUGGGAGUAGUGGAAGGAGUAAUGUUAGGUUUAGGGAUUUUAGGUGGGAUUGGAAAACAGAAGAAGGGGAAGGUGAUGAUUGGGAACCAAUUAAGGCUUUAAAGACUAAAUUGAAAGAUUUUGAAGUGAAGAAAUCUCCUGAUGAGAUUUUUGGCGCGUGGAAAAAUAGUGAGCUUGUGGAGAAACUCAAGUCUAGCUUGAAAGCAUUUAGGUGGGAGUCCCAGGAUACAAAGGAAGUACCACCAUUAGAUGUACCUGAACUCCUGGCAUAUUUUGUGAGGCAAUCUGAACCCUUUUUGGAUCAACUUGGUGUUAGAAAAGAUUUAUGUGACAAGAUAGUUGAUAAUUUGUGUAGUAAACGUAAGAACCAACUUCUCCUGCAUUCUGUCUCUGGUGGGGAAACUUCUGUGAUCGAGGGUGACAAUAUCAAUGAUGAACUAGAUUUAAGGAUAGCCAGUGUCCUUCAGAGUACUGGACAUCACUAUGAUGGUGGCUUUUGGUCUGACCUUGUGAAGCAUAACCCAUCCGACAGGAAAAGACAUGUUGCCAUUGUCACUACUGCUAGCCUUCCUUGGAUGACGGGAACAGCAGUAAAUCCAUUGUUUCGUGCAGCCUAUUUAGCUAAAUCGGCAAAGCAGACAGUAACUCUUCUGGUUCCGUGGCUUUGCAAGGGUGACCAAGAACUAGUUUAUCCGAACAAGCUCACGUUCAAUUCGCCAGAAGAACAGGAGGUUUAUAUACGAAACUGGCUGGAGGAAAGGAUUGGUUUCAAGGCUGAUUUCAAAAUAUCUUUUUACCCUGGAAAGUUCUCAAAGGAGAGGCGAAGCAUACUUCCAACUGGUGAUACUUCUCAAUUCAUCUCUUCAAAGGAAGCUGACAUUGCUAUCCUUGAAGAACCAGAGCAUUUGAACUGGUAUCAUCAUGGUAAACGGUGGACUGAUAAAUUCAAUCAUGUUGUUGGUGUGGUACAUACUAAUUAUCUGGAAUAUAUAAAGAGAGAGAAGAAUGGGGCUAUACAGGCUUUCUUUGUCAAGCAUGUCAAUAAUAUUGUGGCCAGAGCUCAUUGUCACAAGGUUCUUCGGCUUUCAGCUGCCACUCAGGAUCUGCCCAAAUCUAUUAUAUGUAAUGUACAUGGUGUUAAUCCAAAAUUCCUAGAAAUUGGAGAUAAGCUGGCCUCUGAAAGGGCUGCAGGUCAGGAAGCCUUUUCCAAAGGCGCAUAUUUCUUGGGCAAGAUGGUCUGGGCAAAGGGGUAUCAAGAACUAAUAGAUCUGAUGUCAAAGCACAAGAGUGAGCUCAGCUGCCUUAAACUGGAUGUCUUUGGUAAUGGGGAGGAUUCACAUGAUGUCCAGAGUACAGCCCAAAAAUUGAAUCUCAACCUUAAUUUCCAAAAGGGAAGAGACCAUGCUGAUGAUUCUCUCCAUGGAUACAAAGUUUUCAUAAACCCUAGUAUCAGCGACGUGCUAUGUACAGCCACUGCUGAAGCACUCGCAAUGGGGAAGUUUGUAGUUUGCGCAGACCAUCCAUCAAAUGAGUUCUUCAGGUCAUUCCCUAAUUGUUUAACAUACAAGACCUCCGAGGACUUUGUUACCAAGGUGAAGGAAGCCUUAGCCAAGGAACCUGAGCCACUUACCCCCGAGCAAAGAUACAAACUUUCAUGGGAAGCAGCAACUGAGAGGUUUAUGGAAUAUUCUGAUCUUGAAAACAUCCUGAAAAUGGAUGAAAACAAUCUUAAAUCCAACAAAAAUACCGUGACAAAAUCAGUAUCAAUGCCCAAUUUGUCUAGUAUGGUUGAUGGAGGAUUGGCAUUGGCUCACUACUGUUUCACUGGGAGCGAGCUGUUAAGGCUUGCAACUGGAGCAAUACCAGGCUCUCGGAAUUAUGAUAAACAGCAUAGCAAGGACCUGAAUCUUUUGCCUCCACAGGUAGAGGAUCCUAUUUAUCAUUGGUGAAGAAUUUCUUUAGGAAGCAGUACUAAUAUCUUGUGCAUACUUGUAUAGUAGGUUAUUUUUAUUAUAGUACAUAGAGCUCUUCCUAUGGCUUGUGGGUGGUGUGCUAUAUUUAAUUACGGGUAACCAUCCAUGAAAUUUCUGCUUUAGUUAUGCUAUGUAGUAUAGGAAUCUGAUUGUAGAUCUAUUUUUUUACUGUGCUGUAAGAAUUUUGAUUGUGAAAAUAUGAUCAAAAUUCCGAGCUUGUAGCCUUUAGUUUA